AUGAAUUCAGCUUCUUACUGCGCGACCGACUCACUCCUCAAUCUCGAAACCAGUCUUCUCUUCUUCCUCACCGAAGCCUUUAGCGUAAAUGCUGCGACGAACGUUCACGGUCUGGAGCAACUCCGCAUUGGCCACAGGGUCGUCAGUGAAUUUGCUGUCAAGUGGCUCCUUGCGAUAGACCUCAUCCUUGUCGUUGACUUCGAGGAAAUUGCUACCUUUGACAGCCUCCACCACAGCACUGAAUGGCUGGAAGUGGCGCAUGCGCUUGAAGGUGUGGAGGGUCUUCAGUGGGAAUGGCUUGUUCUCAUGACCGCCAGUCUGCUCCAGCAAGAACUUGUCGAUGGGAAGGUUGGAAUCCGAGAAGUAGAACUCGACCUGGCGACGGAUCUCAGCAGCGUCGCUGCUCUCUUCCUCGCGCUCGUACCGGGUACGAACGUUGCGCUCGCGAUUGUAGCCGCCGCCACCUCGACCGCGCCCGCCUCGACCGCCUCUACCCCCGCGACCGCCACGUCCACGACCGCGGUCCUUUUGCCAGCGAUCACGGUUGUCGCGUCCAUUUCUGCCAUCACGCUUGUCGCCGUCGUCGCGAGAUCCCCGACGUCUGUCUGGGUGACGGUGAUCGUCAUCAUCUGCAUUCUUCUUCUCUGUGGCCUUGUCGUCGCUGCCAUUGGUCUGUUCUGUGGUGCCGUUGGUAGCCUCAGCUGGCUUUGA